AUGCUAGACAACGACCUCUUGUAUCUCCUCAACCAGGUGGGAAUGCGGCUUGUUGGGGGCAAUGGAAUAUAUGCGCAGCAGCCUCGAAGUGGGCAAUAUGCCAGCAUUGCCGACGUCCUGGUAGCUCCAACUUCACGAGGAAACUUCACAAUCCGUUCGGAUGAUAAGGCGGAUUUUCCACUGAUAGAUCCGAAUUGGUUGGAGACGGAAACUGACCAAAAGGUUGCUAUUCCAGCUUAUAAGCGUGCUCACGAGUUCUUCCGCACCAAAGCGAUGGCGCCAGUACUUAUCGGCAAGAGUACUUCCCCGGCUCCCGGAAUCAGACUGACACCGAGACUUUAG